UGCCGCGCGGGUGCUCCGGUACCGGGGCCGCCCCCGCCCCGGCCCGCCCCGCCAUGCCCAUCCGCGCCUACUGCACCAUAUGCUCCGACUUCUUCGACAACGAGCGGGACGUGGCGGCCGUGCCCUGCGGGCACACAUUCCACCGCGCCUGUCUCAUCCAAUGGUUUGACACAGCACCCAGCCGGACUUGCCCCCAGUGCCGAAUCCAGGUCAGCAAAAGACACAUCAUCAAUAAGCUGUUCUUUGAUGUUGCCCCAGAGGAGCAGACAGCACCGGAUGCAGAGGCUCUGCAGAAUGAACUGGACCAAGUGAAGGCUCAGCUCUCCAUGAAAGAGAAAGAAAAGCGGGAAUGCCAGGCCAUUGUGGAUGGGCUGAGGGACACUCUGGAUGUGCGCAAUGCCACCAUAGAGUCGCUCCAGAAGGUGCUGGGAGAGACAGAGAUGCUGUGCUCCUCUCUCAAGAAGCAGAUGAAAUUCCUGGAGCAGCAGAAUGAGGAUAACAGAAGUUCAAAGGAGGAGGCUCACCGGCUGCGGAACAAGCUGAAAAGCAUGGAGCGGAUUGAGCUGUUGCUUCAGAGCCAGCGCCCCGAAGUGGAGGAGAUGAUCAGAGAAAUGGGAGUCGGACAGGCAGCUGUGGAACAGCUUGCCAUCUACUGUGUCUCCCUGAAAAAAGAAUAUGAAAAUUUGAAGGAUGCUCGGAAGAUCUCUAAUGAGAUGACAGAGAAGCUGAAGAAAGAGCUCUUUUUGGUCAACAGCAAGCUACAGAAAACUGUUUCAGAGUUGGAGAAGACAAAGGAGGAAUUAAAAAGCACCCAGAAGGAUAUGAAGAAUGCGGACAAGGAGAUCUUGAGCUUGAAGAAGAAGAUAGACAUCCUGCAAGAUACCCUGAAAGUCCCAUCAGUAACCAGGGAGACACUCAGUCGACUAGUCUUUGAAAGCCCCACUCCCGUGGAACUGCAGCACCCGAAGCUCCACUGCCCAGCUGACAGUGAUGAGAUCAAUCUAGAUGCCACGUUUGAUGUGGACACCCCUGAGCAUCAGCCUUGCAAAGAUCUCUUCAGUGCCGCAAAAAGGCAGAAGCUGGAUAAAAAGUUGCCUCCUGUGGUAAAUCUGUCGAAGAAAGUUCUGAAGGAAACAGUGGAGAACUGGGCAGAUGAUCUGGAGGAUGAUGCUCUCAAAGGACUCUUGCCAGCAUUCAUCAGGAACUCUGUUCUCUCUAAGAAGCCAUCUUCAGGGAGCUUGCUGGGUGCCCACAAGAACAUGGGUGCUGUGAGGAUGGGCUACAAUGGCUUGGGAGGCAGAACAAAGUUCAUAGAGCCUACAAACCUGUCAGAAAUCCGUCCCUUAGCAGUGAGGCGCAAGAAGAAGAAUGUCUCCAGGCCAGCUUCUGCAGCUCCAUCUGCAUCCUCCUCCAGAGUCCAGGUCCCGCUGGAUGGUUUCCUGCAGUGAGAGCCCCUGCCCUCCCGGGGGGCUGCAGGGCAGAGCUGCACAACCCCUGCUGGCUGGGGGCUGUCUGCAGAGCACUGCUGCUGGCUGUCCUGGGGGUGAGACCAGCUGCCCUGGGGACAAUCCUGGCUUUGCAGUAAGCCCACACCAGACCGAGCCUCUAGUUAACGCUUGGCCUGAUUUAACCCCCCUUGUUUUACUCCUUCUUCCUCCUAUUUUCAUGCAGAAUAAACAGGGUUUUCUCAUCUUCCAGCCUGCUCAGAGCCCUGCAGUUGCUGCUGGGUGCUCUGACAUGGAGUGGAAGUGCACUUCUUGGAUAUAGCCACAAGGCAGAGAGUGUGGGGUGUCAGGCUGG